GGCCCGCAGCCCCGCCGCCCGCCGCCCCCCGCCGCCGCCGCGUUGCCAAAACAAACGGGCCGGCCUAUUUAUUGGCGGCCGGCGAGCCCGGCAGCUCAGAGUCGAGGCGCCGAGGGGGACAGCACGCCGCCACCAGCCAGGGCCCCAGGCCCCCGCCCCGCACCUGAGUCCCGCCGGCCCUGCGCCGCGCCGCGCCGCCCAUGGCGCCCCCGCCUGGAGCCCCCCAGAGCCACCCGGACGCCUGAUUCCCUGCAGCGCUCCCGUCGACCCGCCCACCCAUCAGCCCACCAGGCGCCCUCGCCCGCCGCUCUCCCGGGCUCCCUGGCCAUGUCUCCCGCCCGGCUCCGGCCCCGACUGCGGUUCUGCCUGCUCCUGCUGCUGCUGGUGGUGCCGGCGGCACGGGGUUGCGGGCCGGGUCGGGUGGUGGGCAGCCGCCGGCGGCCGCCGCGCAAACUCGUGCCGCUCGCCUACAAGCAGUUCAGCCCCAACGUGCCCGAGAAGACCCUGGGCGCCAGCGGGCGCUAUGAAGGCAAGAUCGCGCGCAGCUCCGAGCGCUUCAAGGAACUCACCCCUAACUACAAUCCUGACAUCAUCUUCAAAGACGAGGAGAACACAGGCGCCGACCGCCUCAUGACCCAGCGCUGCAAGGACCGCCUGAACUCUCUGGCCAUCUCGGUGAUGAACCAGUGGCCCGGUGUGAAGCUGCGAGUGACCGAAGGCUGGGAUGAGGACGGCCACCACUCGGAGGAGUCCUUGCACUAUGAGGGCCGCGCAGUGGACAUCACCACGUCGGACCGCGACCGCAAUAAAUAUGGACUGCUGGCACGCUUGGCAGUGGAGGCCGGCUUCGACUGGGUGUAUUACGAGUCGAAGGCCCACGUGCAUUGCUCCGUCAAGUCCGAGCACUCGGCCGCAGCCAAGACAGGUGGCUGCUUCCCUGCUGGAGCCCAGGUGCGCCUGGAGAGUGGGGCACGUGUGGCCUUGUCAGCUGUGCAGCCAGGAGACCGGGUGCUGGCCAUGGGGGAGGACGGGAGCCCCACCUUCAGUGACGUGCUCAUUUUCCUGGACCGCGAGCCCAACAAGCUGAGAGCCUUCCAGGUCAUCGAGACGCAGGACCCCCCUCGCCACCUGGCACUCACACCCGCUCACCUGCUCUUUACGGCUGACAAUCACACAGAGCCAGCAGCCCGCUUUCGGGCCACAUUUGCCAGCCAUGUGCAGCCUGGCCAGUAUGUGCUGGUGGCCGGGAUGCCAGGUCUUCAGCCUGCGCGAGUGGCAGCUGUCUCCACACACGUGGCCCUUGGGGCGUAUGCCCCACUCACGAGGCACGGGACUGUGGUGGUGGAGGAUGUGGUGGCUUCCUGCUUUGCAGCCGUGGCUGACCACCAGCUGGCUCAGCUGGCCUUCUGGCCCCUUCGACUGUUUCACAGCUUGGCGUGGGGCAGCUGGACCCCGGGAGAGGGUGUGCACUGGUACCCUCAGCUGCUCUACCGCCUGGGGCGUCUCUUGCUAGAAGAGGGCAGCUUCCACCCGCUGGGCAUGUCUGGGGCAGGGAGCUGAAAGAACCCCACCACUGCCCUCCCGGAACUGCCAUACUGAGUCCAGAGGCCUGCCAACCAGGAGGGUGCUGGCCCUGGAAGGGACCUGAGCUGUGGGCACUGGUUCCUGCCAUCUCCUCCACCAUGGAGAUACACCAUUGACACUUGACUGGGCAACACCAGUGUCCCACACCCCCAUCUUGGUGUAGUGAUAGAGCUGCAAGCUGAGCUGGUGAGGGGUAGUGAUCUGUCCUUCUGUCCUAGGGACCAUGAGGCUGGCACAGAGGCUCCCAACCAGCCAGCUCUCACUGCAGUUUUCACACACUGCCUCCCCUGACGGAGAGGCCAUUCCACCCGCCUUAGGCCCCAUUAGGUGGGCUCGCACCUCAGACGAUGCUGCUAGAUUCCCUGGAAGCCAGCAGAGAGCUGGCUGGACUCAAUGCUGCCCAAAACCCAGAAGGCCACGGGGUGGGGCAGUGUCCUGGCCAUCCUGAGGUAUGACCUUCCUCCGGCCACACUCCUCAAGACGCGCAUCCAGAGACUGUUGCUGUCAGCAAGUGGAGUUCUGUGUUCCAGCCAAUGUGACCCUAGGGCCUGGGACUGGGUGUCCUUGCCACCUCCACCCAGGCUAAGCUCCCUUUUCUGCUGAACCAUGACCCCCACCUCCUCCUCCAGUCAGUCUCCCCCACCUUAUUUAUUGGCGCAGAGGGGGAAUCCCAUGGGAGAAUUUGGGGGGUGUUUUGGUCUUUUCUUCCUUUUGUAAUAAAAAUUAUUUAAGUUGUUAGA